UACACUGUGUUCUAGGUAUCUCUGUAAAACCCUGGUGGUCUAAGCCUCUAAGGAACGAAGCCCCUUAUGGCCUUGCGAGCAGCGACGGCGGCGACGGUGACGUCACCGCGGUGUUUACGAGCUCUGUUAUCUACCUUUUCCUCAAAUUUUCCGCUCAAUACGCCAUCGAAGCAAGUUGAGAAGCCGCCGCCAGCUGAACCAUCCACCAAUCUCUUCGUUUCUGGGCUUAGCAAACGUACUACCUCAGAAGGGCUUCGAGAAGCCUUUGUAAAAUAUGGCGAAGUGGUCCAUGCCAGAGUGGUGACCGAUCGAGUAUCUGGUUAUUCUAAAGGUUUUGGGUUUGUUAGAUAUGCGACCUUGGAAGAUGCUGAAGCUGGUAUAAAGGGCAUGGAUGGCCAGUUUCUUGAUGGAUGGGUUAUCUUUGCUGAGUAUGCAAGAGCUAGACCACCGCCUCCCUCAAUGCAGAACAAUAAUACUGUACCUGGAUAUGGCAAUUACAAUUCACCAUCAUAUGGCAGGCAAUAAGAUGUAAAUUUUGGAGCAGUUCAUCGCGAUUUAAGAAACGGCUUCCAUCUUACAAGCUAAGGAAAGAUUUUUGCAUCAUGGCACUUCAUUGUUGUAUACUAAAACUUCACCUCAUUAUUUUUGGAAGUAAAAUUUCUGUCAUAGAUAAAACUUGGAUAUAAUAAUAUGUUUGCAACUUCCCUUUUAGUUUUAUUUAGUUCUCUUAAAGACGUGAUGUAUUAGAAGCUUACAUCUUUUAUGAAAAAGACUUGUUACUUUUCAGCA